AUGGCAGAUACAAAGAAACAACAGAAACUGAAAGCCAGAAAAAUGGAUGUUUCAGGUCCUGGUGGUAGCUCUGCUAUAGGUAACCCGUUUACUCAACCUGAUGCCAUGAAGAAACUGGAAGCUGAUCCCAAAAGUAGAGAAUAUUUAAAGGACCCAAUGUUUAGACAACAAAUAGAUAUGAUGAGACUAAGUGGUAGCAUGCAAAAUAUAAAUGAUACGCGUAUGAUUUACUGUUUGGGAGUUCUACUUGUAUUAAUCUACAAACUAAUGGAAGAUCCUGAAGAUUUUUCCGCGAAGGAAGCAAGGAAAAAAGGGGGAAAGCAGCAAAAUAAAAACGAAGGGACUGUUUACUUUGAACAGAAAAAAGUAACUGAUGAGUUUGUAUAUCAAACAUGUGGGAAAGGCGCAGUUGAUGUUGGCCGACCAAAACACCACGCGCAGAUGACUAAUCCAGCAAUAGCCAAAUUAAUGCAUUAUAUAUUUAUUUUGGUAUGUUUAGGUAAAUAUCCUGAAGCAUUAAAACAUUAUGCUGAAGCUAUCAAACGUAACCCUGGUGACGCUAAAAUCUACAGCAACAGAGCAGCAUGUUAUACUAAACUGAUGGAAUUUAACCUCGCCCUCCGAGACUGUGAUGAAUGUAUUAAAUUGGAUCCAAAAUUUAUAAAGGGUUAUUUACGUAAAGGUGCCAUUUUUACUGCGAUGAAGGAGAACUCUAAAGCAGCACAAGCCUAUCAGAAAGCUCUGGAAUUAGAUCCCAACUGUGCUGAGGCACAGCAGGGAUACAGAAGCUCAGUUGUACAGGAGAAUAGUGACCCAGAGGCGGUGAGAAAACGAGCCAUGGAGAACCCAGAAAUACAGGAAAUAUUGUCUGAUCCAGCUAUGAGACUUAUACUUGAACAAAUGCAGAAAGAUCCAAAUGCUUUAAGAGAGCACUUGAAGAACCCAGAUGUAGCGUCAAAAAUAGAAAAACUUCUAGAAGCAGGGAUUAUUGCGAUUCGUUAAUGAAUGUACAGUCAUAUAUAUUUUCAUUAUCACAAUCAUUAUUUUGAUAUAAUAAGCUACAUGUAGUAUAAAAGGCUAACUCUGUCUUCUCUCACAGUCUGUCACUGACAAAAAUAUCAUUCCUUUUAAUCUCUUACCUGCUGAAUUUGUAUUUUUGAUUUGCCCUGUUUUGAAUUGCAAACAAUCCAUUAGGAUUAUAAAUAAUACCAAAUUAAGCUACCAACAGUAUAGGGCCUGGUCAAAUUGAUCUGCCUGUAUAUAUAUGUUGGGGGGGGGGCUAACCAAUUAGCAGGUUAAAGAUUAAGUCAGAAAUAAUUUUAUAGUUUUCUUUCAAUGUAAGAGAACUUCUUGCAGUAUCUAUGUAUAAAUGAUUUUAUAUACCCAGUAAUGAAUCAAAAAUUGAUUAAAAUAUUUCUAGAAGUCAGUGCAAUAUUUGUAUCUCAACCUAUUUAACCUACCAAAGUUUUUCCCUGAUGAUUGGAAAGUUAGAGAAAUACCCAUGUUUUUUAAGUGUGCAUGUGAUUUAGAUUACCAGUGAAGUAGUAAUAAAUGUUUUUUUUUAUUGAUUUACAUUGUUUUGAAUGUGAAGGAUUGAAUGGAGGAUCUGUGAUCUAUUGUAAAAUUAUCCUGAAUUCUGAAAUUUUUGUUGAAAUAUUGUAAAAUUACCAUGAAUAAUGACACCACUGUUCAAGAUAUUGUGAAAUGAAUUGAUUAAGCCUGGCCAUCAAGUUGUCAAAUAAAAAAAUGUAAAUGUUUGAAGGCACAUUAAAUAAAACGUUACAUAUCAACUAGGCUAUAAAUAGAUAUUUAUAGAUAUUGUCCUUAAUACUAUAAUAACCUGUGGUUAACUAGUCUAUAUUUCCUAGAUUUAUACAUGGAAGCAAGUUUUAAUCCUGUUAUCUGUGUUUAUGUAAACAUGUGAGAGAGAAAAAACUUGAAUUUAAGUGAAUGAAAUACUGAUUUUGUAAAUUGAUAUUUAAUUAAUUGAUGUAUUAAUGAGAUGUAAGUUAAGAUAUAUGAAUCAUGAUAUAAAUUUUCCUACUGUAUUAAUUAUGUUGCAUAAUUAUUUUUGUUUGUAAGUGCUUGAUAAAUGCAUUAAAUACUAAGGGAUCA